UUCCUCCGUUCAUUGUGAGUGGCAAGCUAAACGAUGCGAGCGCUCGUAGCUGUUGCCGCCGCCCAGUAGAGUUUCCCCGCCCGAGGACCAAGCACAACGACACUGACAAAGAGAGCGUGAGCGCAAGAUACAAAGACAAGUCCUUUUUUCAAACAAGUGUCAAACGUUGUCGUGGCGAAUUUAUUCAUGCUUUAACCAGUCAUCGGCAGAGCGCGAGCGAGAGGGGAGAACGAGAGCGAGUCAGCCUAGAGACGGAUAAGGAAGGAAUAGGGGGGAAAUAAUUGCUCGUAUAUUUCGGUCCUCGCCAACCGUUACUUUGGAUAUCAAGAAGAUCAGAGGUUGUGUAGCCAUGGGAUGUACACUGAGCGCCGAGGAGAGAGCGGCUUUGGACAGGAGCAAGGCUAUCGAGAAAAACCUCAAAGAAGAUGGAGUCACAGCCGCGAAAGACGUAAAACUACUCCUGCUCGGGGCUGGGGAGUCAGGAAAAAGUACCAUCGUGAAACAGAUGAAGAUUAUCCAUGAGGAUGGCUUCUCUGGUGAUGAUGUGAAGCAGUACAAGCCAGUGGUCUACAGCAACACAAUCCAGUCUCUGGCUGCCAUCGUCCGUGCCAUGGACACCCUUGGCCUGGAGUACGGAGACAAGGAGAGAAAAGCUGAUGCUAAGCUGGUGUGUGAUGUGGUGAGUCGUAUGGAGGACACCGAGCCAUACUCUCCUGAGCUCCUGGGGGCUAUGAUCCACCUGUGGUCCGACUCCGGCAUCCAGGAGUGCUUCAGCCGCGCCCGAGAAUAUCAGCUCAAUGACUCCGCCCAAUACUACCUAGACAGUUUAGACCGGAUCGGUGCUCCUGACUACCAGCCCACAGAGCAGGACAUUCUCAGAACCCGAGUCAAGACCACUGGCAUCGUAGAAACUCACUUUGUCUUCAAGAACCUGCACUUCAGGCUCUUUGAUGUGGGAGGACAGAGGUCGGAGAGGAAGAAAUGGAUCCACUGCUUUGAGGACGUGACAGCCAUUAUCUUCUGUGUGGCUCUGAGUGGGUAUGACCAGGUCCUGCAUGAAGAUGAGACCACGAACCGCAUGCAUGAGUCUAUGAAGCUGUUCGACAGCAUCUGUAACAACAAAUGGUUCACAGACACCUCCAUCAUUCUAUUUCUCAACAAGAAGGACAUAUUCGAGCAGAAAAUUAAGAAAUCUCCCCUUAGUAUCUGCUUCUCGGAGUACACAGGCGCGGACACCUUCAUAGAGGCAGUGGGCCACAUUCAGUCUCAGUACGAGAGCAGGAACAAGUCCCUCCAGAAGGAAGUGUAUGCCCACGUCACCUGUGCCACCGACACCAACAACAUCCAGUUUGUGUUUGACGCUGUCACCGACGUCAUCAUCGCCAACAACCUGCGUGGUUGUGGCCUGUAUUAACCCAGAGGAUAGACCCAGUGUGUCCCUGCGUGUCCCUGCGUGGUUGUGGCCUGUAUUAACCCAGAGGAUAGACCCAGUGUGUCCCUGGAUUGACCCUUCUCCUCCACUUUUCCCUCACCCACAUAUCAAAUUAAUUCACCUUUUAGAUUUGUUAAAUAUUAAGACGUUUUAAUUCCGUUGUAUAAAGAGAGACAGCUGUAUUUUGUGCCUCAGGCAUUGAACAUCAUCCGUCGAAGUGAAUACAGGAAAGAGAGAUAAUCCUUGACUGGAACAAUUAGUUUAGUGUCAUAAAGAAUAUACAUUUUGACAAUCACUCACCUGCAAAACUGUUCAAGACAAUCUGGACAUCUAUGGUGAACCACAUUUCCGAAGAAAGAAUGCAGAUAUUAUAGACAUGCAUUUGAUACAUUUGUAGCAAAGUCAUGUUAGCGGUAGGUUAUUUCAGAAGAUAUGCUGUUUUACUAAAACACUAAGGCAGUUAUUGCUGUUGUGUAACCGUGUGUAAGUGGCAUUGGGUCACCACCAGAGAUAAACUAUCAUCUACAGGUUACAAGGAAAACUGCUCAUCUUUACCAACAAAGUAUCUAUUGUAAUUUGGCAUUUUGCUUAUUGAGUAAUAGUCAUCUGAUAUGAAAGGAAUUUGUGCCUGGACGGUUUUGUGAAACACUUAAGUUGGAAUUGGAGUUGAUGAGUUGGGGAUUUGUUUGCGGCUAAUGGAAGAUGGUACUGUAUAAAUAAUGUGAAUUUUUGGGUGGAUAUUUUUUCUUCUGUUCUGCUUAAAUGUCAUGUAGGUUCUGAGAUUUUAGUCUUGGAAGGCUUUUUUUGUUGUCACUAGAAGUUUUGUGAGAUUCAAUGAUUGGGUUUGAAAUGUGUAAGGUUUGAAAGUACAACCAAAUAUUUAAUUUACACUGUAGUGGCCUUACUGAAGGGUACAUUUUUACUAAACAGUGUAAUUGGGUAAGAAAUGGAGACCAUUUAUAAUGCAAAUUGUCAGGAGUGACAAUCAACAUAGUCACUGCCUGAAGUUGAGUUAGAGCUGUAGAAAUAUUCAACUGUCAUAUUUAGUCUAUAAUUUCCUGUUGCAGUUUAGGUGCCUCAGCAGUCUCAAUCAAGCACUUGGAGUUGUUUACCUUAUGGUGAUUGGCCUGGCUAUGUCAGUAGCUAUUUUAUCUUACUGGUGCCAAUGCCAUAUUUAAUGGGAGAGUGAAUAGGCUAAGGAGCAGGACGUUUCUGUGUGUGUUAGAGCAGAUAAAGUAGUAUCUGUUUGUGGUAUACUGUAAGAGAGAGGAUUAGGUAUCUGUGGAAUAAUUAUCCAGAAAACAGCUGUUCCAUUCCCCAUUACACAGACCCUCAGGGAGGACACAAAAUGUCACAACACCCUCCCUGUUCUUCUGCCAAAUAAUGCCAAACCACUCUAAGAAGGGUCAAAACUUCUUGGUUUCUUGCCAAAUAAUAUGCCGCUUCCUAAAUCGGGGGGUGGUCUGAUACCACCCUCCUCGUUUAGCUGUACAAAAACCUGUACUCGUUUCUUGUCAUGGCUGUAGGAAUCGCCAUCCCUUAGAAAGUACUAAUUUGUCUGCCUCACAGCAUCACACCCAUGUAGGUGCCGGGUGAGUGGGGGUAGGGAAGAUGUUACCAUGAUGAUCGUUCUUAGCACAACGCCUGCCUUAGCUGGUAGGUGCAGCCUCGUGUGUUGGAUGACUCUGAUACUCUAGUCACUGCAGUGAUUCUAGGGGCUCUGUAAAAGAUUUGUUGACUGUACUGCUGUACACUAAAAUGUCAUUGCAGUAAGAUACUGUGUGUUGCUUCGGUAGAUGCACAGGACAUUGGAGGCAAAUGCUUGUGCCAACCCUCAGGCCAGUUAGUUCUCCACAACAGGACAUUAACUCUAAAUUGUCAUGAGCAGACAAGUUCUCAUUCUGUGCCAAAUCUGUUGAGACAGUGUUCAUGUGCUACAUUUUAUGAACAAUAAGAAGCAGGGGAGAAUGACUGCCCCCUCUCAUUGAAGCCACAGAAGUUCAAGGCCGACCGUGGUACUUGUGGUGAAUCUUCAUGUAAAGAAACAUAUUUUUUAAGACAAUCUUGGUACCAAUAAUUGAUUCUAAUACACCAGAUGUAUGUCCUUAAACCGAUUAUUUUACAAUCGCACACAGAACAAGUUAUAAGUAUAAUUUAGUUGCUAAUUGCAGCCUGCAGUACCCCGGUCGACCUUCUACUGGAGUUACUCAGUGAGAGGGGGCAACACUGAGCUAUCCUGCAAUGCCACUUCCUGGAGUUGCUCAAACUAUGCAUUUUAUAUCUUGUGUUAUAUCUAUAUCUUAAAUAAUGGUGUCACAUGAUCAAUGGCCUUGUCCAUUCAUAUAUACAGUCAUUGAGUAUGUUUACAUGCAAAGUAAUAAUUAGAUAUUAAACUGAUUAUGGCAGUAGGCAGAUUAUGCAAUAGUCAUGUAAACACCUUACUCUGCUAAUCUUAAUCGGUGUCAGGUCAAAAUCAAAGUAGGCAUAUGCUGAUCAAAACACCUGGUUUUCUGAGCAAUCUUUUGAAUUAUUAGGACAUGUAAAGAUCUUAAUCGGCGCUCCAGCUGUGUAUUUGAACUGUGCAUGUUCUAGCACCUGCCAAGCGAGCCUCCCUCUUCCGCGAAUGAAGUGAGCGGAACAACUGAAUGUAAGCGCCUUAACUAGUUUUCAUAUGCAAACUUUUUAUGACUGAAAUCAGAAUAAAAUAUGUUUCCCAAAAAUGACAUGGUCACUGUGGUAGAAUGUUUAUUUUGAUUGGCGGUUUUCUACAUUUAUCAGAGUGCCAUCAGAGUGCCAUCAGGCAGCCUGAUUUCAGAUGUGUUCAUGUAAACAGGUUUAUUAGGGAAAUCGUUCUUCUUGCAAAGCAUUUAAACGUUAUAAUCCAACUAUUAUAUGAAUCUGACUAUCCACGAUAAUGGAAUUAUUGUGUAGAUGUAACCGUACUCAUUGAUAAGAAGCAUGUCCGUGCUGCGCUGUCAGCAAGCUCUCAGAUUCCCAGCUGAUGUUAUAAUCUCUUCUUUACCAGAGACUAAACUAAGACAGAAGCCAUCAGAUUCAGAUUCUGGAGGGCAUGUGUAUGUCCCAGAGCACACACCCAGACAGUCUGUCUCUCUGCUCAUCUUAUAUCAUUGCCUUAAACCUGACUGAUGGCAAAUAAAGCCUAUGUCCAGGGCAGAGAGAACGCUGGGUAAUAGAGUUUAUGUCCACAGUAGUGAGACUGAUGGAUAAUGAAGUCUUAGGGCCAAGGUAAAGAGACAGAUUUGUAAGUGUGUCUGUCUGCUGGAGAGAAACAGAUGGGAGGUACAAUAUGUUGCCCUGAUUAAACUGGAUCUCAGGUCUAGUGGGUACUGAGAGAGAGAGAAAUAGUAGUGAAUAUCAUGUACAGCAGUGGAGUCCCCUGAUGUAAUAGAGAUCAACCUUGGUGAAGGCUGAGAUAGUUCAUGUACUGCAGGUAUGUAGCUGUAGUACAGUUGAUUGGGUGUCAGCCUCUCCGAGUCCCCAGUUUGUGAGUCCCAAUCCUCUCUCUCUCUCACACACACAAGCUCCCUAUCACAGCAGGCAAAACAUACCAGUAUUUUGACUGCAGCCAUAAAUAAUAAAACAGUCGGCACAAUAGAACUUUGAAAAGCAGAAUUCUUAAAUCCUCCUUCGACUUUCCCCGAAUGCAUUUCACCUUGUGUUACACAAAGACUGCCUCUGCAUCAGCAUGGGAGGAAUACAUUGGAAACUAUUCUCUGGAGCUUGCCACAACCCCCAUGAAGAAAUUCAAUUUACACCCCACACAAGCAGCACUAGGAUGCUGACAGUACAGUACGUCAUGGUAUGAUUGAAGUACCUGUUUUCUAGUAGGUGUUGUUUGUGUCUCACUGCUGUAAUUAUUGUUGUUUGCUCAUUCGCUUCUUUCGUUGUUGUGAUUAUUUAUUGAAGGGUGUAUUUAUAUGAAGGAAAUAAUAAAUCACCCCAUGAAACUGUGUCUGACCCUCCCUCCCCUCUCACUCGCUCUCUCUCUCUGAUCAAGUUUGUGUAUGCACUGUGCAGUGAAUGUUUUGCUCUUCCUGUCUAUCCGUCUCUGUCUGUCUGUCUGUCUCUCUCUCCUUUCUUUCUUUUAUUUCUUUCUAUUCGAUUCAAAGUGCUUUAUUGGCUUGGGAAAUGUAUGCUUACAUUGCCAAAGCAAGUGAAAUAGAUAAUUAACAGAAGUGAAAUAAAUAAUUUUAAAAACUC